GGUCCGUUUACGAUUUAUUAACGCAAUUGUUGAAAUUGCAGAAGGUUUCGUCCAAAGAAUACAUAGCACAUGCAUAACUAAUUACAUUGAAAAUAUAGUGCCUAUGUAUACGGAUAGAGAGUUUGUUAUGCAUUUUCGUUUGAAGAGAACGCUUUUUAUAAGUAUAGUAGAGAAAUUUAGCCAUUGGCCAUAUUUUAGAAAUUUAGGAGGUAAACAUGGAGGAUUCAAAGUGGUUUCGGCUGAGAAACAUAUUCUCACUUUUUUGUGGUUUGCUGGCCAUCAAAGUGCUAGUUUCAGAGAUGUUGCUGACAGAUUCGAUUUCUCUCUUAGUACCCUUGAAUCUGUGUUACGUAGAGUCACACAAUUUUUGUAUGAUAUGAGGAAUGAAGUUAUUCGGUAUCCUACUGAAGUAGAGAAGCAAAGAACGCAAAGAUACUAUCUCGAAAGUAAAGGUUUUCCUGGAGUAAUUGGAUGUAUUGAUGGCUCACAUAUCCGUAUUGACAAACCCUCUGAAGAUCCAAUGGCUUACAUCAAUAGAAAGCAUUAUUUUUCCGUACACAUGCAAGGGACCGUUAAUGAACAGAAGAAGUUCUUAGAUGUAUUCAUUGGCUACCCUGGUUCAGUGCACGAUGCAAGAGUAUUUGCAAAUUCCAGUUUGGCUGAAGAUUUGCCAAUACUUUGUGAAAAUGGAAGCAUACUUCUUGGAGAUGCUGCAUACCCAUGCCUUCUCCAAUUAAUUACUCCAUAUCGGGAUAAUGGACAUUUGACGCAGGCCCAAAGAAAUUUUAAUCGUAUACAUAGUCAGUGCAGAAUUUCAGUUGAGCAUGGAUUUGGAAUACUGAAACAACGUUUUAGACAGUUAUAUUUUCUCAAGCUGAGGAAUAUGCAAUUCAUCGUCAAAUUCAUCUUCGCUUGCUGCGUUCUUCACAAUUUGGCUGACUUGGAUGAUCUGCAACACAUGGAAGAACCUGAAGUCGACAAUCAUGCCGAUAUAAAUGCGCAAGUAUUGUUGCAUAAUGUCCCAGCAGCAGAUAGAGAUGGAGAUCCAGAUGAUGAUCGACAUGGUCGCGAUCUCAGAGAUGAAUUAUGUAGACAAUUGUUUCAACGACGAUUUGAAUAAGA